CCGACCCGUGAUCAGACCUGAUAGCGGAUCAGUCAGUUCAGUGUGGAUGAGAGAUGCUUUGAUCCUCAUUUAUGUCAACAGCCUGAACAGCAGCCAAACCGACGUCUCACUCUUUCACAUGAACGGAAUAAAAUGCAGCCGGACGAGUCACAGUAUUUGCAGCGGAGGUGUAGGAUUGGUGAUAUAGAUGUGCAUCCAACAGAAAAGGCUCUGGUCGUAUACUAUGAAGUGGAAGCAUCCAUUUUAGGAGAGACAGGCAAUGCCAGGCUUGAGGAGAAGAAAGAGUGCCAGAAAAUCAUCCGGUUGAGGAGUCUGAAUGCCAGCACUGAUGUUUCUGCCCUGGCCAGGAAGGUGGUGGAAGAGUGUAAAAUCAUUCAUCCAUCAAAGCUGGCAGAGGUGGAACAUCUGCUGCUGUAUUUACAAAACCGAAAGAAGCCCAGCAGUAAAUUGGAGAAGAAGGAAAAGAAACCAUCGAAACCCAGAGAACUUUUGCCGUUUGAAGGAAUGGAAAUUGAUGAGGAGGCCAAUAUUAAUAAAAUUGAUGAUUACAUUGAGCUGUUGUAUGAGAACAUCCCUGAGAAGAUUAGAGGCUCCACCCUGAUCCUGCAUCUGGCUCGUAACCCUGAUAACCUGGAAGAGCUCCUACGUAAUGAGACUGCACUUGGAGCUCUGGCGCGGGUACUGAGAGAGGACUGGAAACUCAGUGUGGAGCUGGCGACUACUAUUAUCUAUGUGUUCUUCUGCUUCUCAAGUUUCUCGCAGUUCCACGGGCUCAUUACGCACUAUAAGAUUGGAGCGCUGUGCAUGAACAUCAUUGAUCAUGAGCUGAAGAAAUAUGACCUGUGGCAGGACGAGUUAGAGAAGAAGAGCAAGGCUUGUGAUGAAGACCCCGAAAACCAGAGCUUGCGGAAGGAUCAUGAGAAAAACUUUAAGAAAUACCAAAGCCUCCUGGUUAAACAGGAGCAGCUGUUGCGAGUUGCGUUCUACCUGCUGUUAAAUCUGUCUGAGGACACUCGCACGGAGCUCAAGAUGAGGAACAAGAACAUUGUGCACCUGCUCGUCAAGUCUCUAGAGAGGGAGAAUGAAGAGCUGCUGGUGCUGGUGGUCUCCUUCCUCAAAAAGCUCAGCAUAUUCUUGGAGAACAAGAACGACAUGGCUGAAAUGGACACCGUAGAGAAACUGGCUCGUCUGAUUCCAUGUGAACAUGAAGACCUGAUGAAUGUCACUUUGCGACUCCUCCACAACCUGUCUUUUGACACGGGCCUGCGCACCAAAAUGGUGCAUGUGGGUCUGCUGCCCAAACUCACUGCUCUUCUGGGUGAUGACACACACAAGCAUGUAGCGAUGCGCAUCCUCUACCACAUCAGCGUGGAUGACAAAUCUAAAUCCAUGUUCGCAUAUACUGACUGCAUUCCUCAGCUCAUGCAAAUGCUCUUUGAACAUGGCGAAGAGAGAUUCGACACUGAGCUCAUUUCUUUCUGCAUCAACCUGGCUGCUAACAAGACUAAUGCUCAGAUUAUCUGUGAGGGUAACAGAUUGAAGAUGCUGAUGAAAAGAGCCCUCAAACUGAAGGAUCCACUGCUGAUGAAAAUGAUCAGGAACAUCUCACAGCACGAUGGACCACUGAAACAGCUCUUCAUUGACUAUGUGGGUGAUCUGGCAGCUCAGAUCAAGCAGGAGGGUGAUGAAGAGUUUGUUAUUGAGUGCUUGGGUACAAUGGCAAACCUCACCAUACCUGACCUGGACUGGGAGCUUCUGCUGAAAGAGUACAACUUGGUACCCUACCUCAAAGACCACCUCAAACCUGGCUCAGCAGAGGAUGACCUAAUCCUGGAGGUGGUGAUCAUGAUCGGCACGGUGUCGAUGGACGACUCCUGUGCCGUCAUGCUGGCUAAGUCUGGCAUCAUCCCUGCUCUUAUUGAGCUGCUAAAUGCCCAACAGGAAGACGAUGAAUUUGUGUGUCAGAUCAUCUACGUCUUCUACCAGAUGGUCUUCCACCAGGCCACCAGAGAUGUCAUCAUUAAGGACACUCAGGCCCCAGCCUACCUCAUCGACCUUAUGCACGACAAAAAUGUGGAGAUCCGGCAGGUUUGUGACAACACUCUGGACAUUAUCGCUGAGUAUGAUGAAGAGUGGGGGAAGAAGAUCCAAAGUGAGAAGUUUCGCUGGCAUAACUCACAGUGGCUGGAGAUGGUGGAAAGCAGACAGAUGGAGGACGCCGAGCCCUACCUGUACGGAGACGACCCGGACGCUCUAGAGCAGCCAGAUCUCUUCUACAGCACUGACGGUAUGAUGCCCCCUGAGCCAGGCCUCAGUCCAGACUUCUACAGCCAGUUCCACUCGCAGAAUGGAGACUUCAAUGCCUGCAACGGAGCCGACGGACGUCCUGCCACUGCGUACGGCUUUCGCCCCGACGAGCCAUUCUUCCACGGCUACGGAUCCACCAGAUAGAGCUGCUCCGUAACAUCUUCUGAACGUUCACAACAAGACAACUUUUAUCUCCUAGAAAUCUCAAACGCUGCAAACCAACCAAUCUCUUCCAGAAAAUGUGAGCCCACCCUUACAUUUAAAGGCAGGUUUAAUAGCGAGACCCCAGUAAAAUGCUUAAUGAUGCUUUAUAAUAACAACUAUUCAUUAUCCAAGAUCAGUAGUUUGUGUACACUCAAAUAUGAAUGUUAUUUUAUGUUCAAAUGUUUAUAAAUGGACUUCCUCACUGUUUGAAUGUAUGCGAAUAAUCUGUUAAGCAUUACAUCAUGUAAUCAUGCUUAAGAUUAUUCGUGUACAUUACAUUAUCUUAUAUAAAGUAUUAUUAUUUAUGAAUGAUAUUAUGUUCAGUUGACUUAAUUUGGGUUUAAUAUCUUACGAUUUUAGAAAGACACAACAAUUUAAUUCGCUUCAUGUUUCCACUAAUAAAACAACUGACUUAAUAACUAGAGUUAGAUUUUAGUUUCAGAAUAGUCUUAAUUUAUUUAUACUUUUUUUUUAGGUUUUAGGCAGUGCACUUUAAUAUUAUAAUAUAUUCAUUAAACUGGAAUGAAUCUGUGACCGAUUUAUCCUGUUCUGCAUUAACAGCUUCAUAAUGAUGUAGCAUCACUCACUUUAUUAAAAAUACCUUGCACUAAUUGUCACGUAUAACAAAACUAUUCUGUGUGUCUGUUAGAUAGCUUGUGUAAGUAGACAUUAUUAU